AUGUUUUUCCGGCAGAUCCUGGAGCUGGCGCGGCAGCAGCGGAAGCGGGUGAAGGUGGUGGGGGGCGGUCACUCCCCCUCGGACAUCGCCUGCACCGACGGCUUCAUGAUCCACAUGGGCAAACUCAACCGCGUCCUGAAGGUGGACAAGGAGCAGCUGCAGGUGAAGGUGGAGGCCGGGAUUCUCCUCUCCCAGCUCAACCUGGAGCUCGACAAGCACGGAAUGGCCCUGGCCAAUUUAGGAGCCGUGUCCGAGGUGUCGGCGGCCGGAGUCAUCGGCACCGGCACCCACAACACCGGCAUCGAGCACGGGAUCCUGCCCACCCAGGUGGUGGCGCUGUCGCUGCUGGUGGCCUCGGGGGAGGUUCUGGAAUGUUCCGGCGCGGAGCGGCCGGAGCUGUUCCGGGCGGCGCGGCUGCACCUGGGGGCGCUGGGCGUCGUCCUGGACGUCACCUUCCAGUGCGUGCCGCGCUUCCGCCUGCGCGAGAUCGCCUUCCCCGCCUCCCUCACACAGGUGCUGGAUGAGCUGGAGGAGCACCUGCGCCGUUCCCGCUUUUUCCGCUUCCUGUGGUUCCCGCACACCGACCGCGUCCGCGUCAUCUACCAGGACCCCACCGCCCAGCCUCCCAAGUCGUCCUCCAGCUGGUUUUGGGAUUACGCCGUGGGAUAUCAUCUCCUGGAAUUCCUGCUCUGGAUCAGCUCCUUCUUCCCGGGGCUGGUGGUCUGGAUCAACCGGCUCUUCUUCCGGCUCCUCUUCAGCUCCCGCUCGGAAAACGUCGACCGCAGCCACCGGAUCUUCAACUACGAGUGCCGCUUCCGGCAGCACGUCCAGGACUGGGCCAUCCCCAUGUAA